AGUGACUUUACCUACGAAAUCUGUAUCAUCACUUGCAGGCUUACCUGAGUAUUCUCCCGGACUUGAUUUCAAAAUCUACCUGUCAUAUUAACACAACACUCCCUUAUGGUUUUUUAGAGUGCUCCUCCCAGAUAGUGCCUUGAAGGCCAUCAGUCUUGACGAUGUAUAUCCCAUUGGGGUCUUUUACUGUUCUACUUGCUUGUUUUGGAGGUAGCUAUGGAUUAUCAUCCUCACAGAUACCUCCAGAUACGCCACUUUCCUCUUUGAUCACUUCUGCAAAAAGCCACCUCGCAAACGGCUCGCCUCGUGAAGCUCUAUUGUUCUUCAAUGCUGCUGUUGACCGAGACCCCACAAACUAUAUUACUCUCUUUCAACGAGGCGCAGCGUAUCUAUCUCUCGGAAAGAAUUCCCAGGCUACCGAAGACUUUGAUCGGGUCCUGAAACUUAAGCCCGACUUUGAAAAUGCACUGCUCCAACGAUCCCGUUUGAGGGCUAGAUCUGCUGAUUGGGAUGGAGCAAUGAGCGACUUGGAAAAGAUGGGUAAACGCUCGUCUCCAGAGUACCAAGAACUUGAAGAAGCGCGAAAUGCCGCUUCACAGGCUCAAACAGCCGAAGCGCGCAACGAUUGGGAGACUUGUGUGUCGCAAGCAGGUCAGGCGAUCAUGAAAGCGAGUUCGUCAUUUCCCUUGCGACAAACUCGGGCACAUUGCAGGCUCGAGCGGGGGGAGAUUGAGGAAGGUAUCAGCGACUUAGUCCACGUCCUACAGCUUUCUCCUGGCUCGAUUGAACCCCACCUGCAAAUUUCCUCGAUGUUGUUCUACUCAUUGGGUGACAGUGAGCGUGGCCUGGCUCAGAUACGGAAGUGUUUGCACUCGGAUCCCGAUUCCAAAUCCUGCAACAGUCUCUAUAAGAGGGAGAGACAAGUUUCUAAACAGCUGGAGAAAGUGCAGGCAUUCUUACUUGAAAAGAAGUUUACUAAUGCCCAGGGUCUCUUGGUUGGAUCUGCUGAAGAAACCGGUCUGAUAGAUAAUAUAAAGGAGGAUAUUCAGCAGGCUAGAGCAUCUAGUUAUAUUCACCCCGCAGCACCUAAUAAUCUUUAUGUUUCUAUAAUUGAAAUGGCUUGUGAGGCAUAUCAUGAGAGUGGUAUGCUAAAGAAAGGACGGCCGUACUGCCUCGAAUCCAUCGAACUCAAACCUCACUCUCUUCAUGGUCUUCUAUUCCAGGCUCAAGUUGCGGUUGAUGAAGAUAGAUUUGAAGAUGCUAUUAGAACACUUAAUGACGCCAAGGAACACCAUCCUGGUUCAGCAAAGGUCCAAACCCUUCUACAAAAAGCCCAUACCUUGUUGAAACGCUCUCAGCAAAAGGACUAUUAUAAGGUCCUAGGUGUCAGUCGUGAUGCUGAUGAGCGGACAAUCAAACGUGCCUACCGCCAACUCACAAAAAUCCAUCACCCAGACAAAGCGAUUUCUCAAGGGGUCACCAAAGAGGAGGCAGAAAAGAAGAUGGCUGCAAUUAAUGAGGCCUAUGAGGUUCUUUCGGAUCCAGAGUUAAAACAGCGCUAUGACAAUGGUGAUGAUCCAAAUGAUUCGAGCUCACAAAGAGCGAAUCCCUUCCAGGGAAGUCCAUUUGGUCACGGGGGCGGGCAGCAAUUCUUCUUCCAGCAGGGUGGAGGGGGCCAGCAGUUCAAAUUUUCGAGCAAUGGUUUCAAUUUCCCUGGUGGAUUUCCUUUCCGUUGAUUUUGCGAAUUUUGAAAUGCGUCAAUAAGAGUUUUCUGUACAUUUAAUCCGGCUUGGUAUUGGCAUUCGCUGCAACCACAUUACUAUUCUUAAGAAUUCUAAGGAGUUAUUGAUGAAGCAUCUUCCAAAUCAGAGAUAUAUGUUUUACCUUAAUUGUGAUAUUGUUUGCCUCACAAAAAAAGAGAAUUGUAUUUUCCUUUUGCCAGCUAAAGCUUUCUUUAUAGAUAGUACCAUCCUUUUUAUGGGGAUUAGAAGGGC